GCGUCUCCGAGAACAUGUUCAAGGACAUGAUGGCGGAGCUGCAGGGCGAGCAGGGAGGCGCGGGCGCGGGCCCCAGUGGCAGCGGCGCCGCCAACGAGCCUAAGCAGAAGAAGAAGGACAAGAAGAAGGGAAAGGCUUGAGUGAGCGAUGCUAGUAGCUCUGCUGCUAGGAGUGCUGCUAGGAGCGCCACUGCUAAAAGUGCCGCUACUACGAACAGCUAUCAAUGCACAGACAGCCACGAUUACGGUUAACUACGGAUGGGUGGAUGGACAGGUAGAUAGAUCUAGCAGCGCAUGCCGAACUCUCAAAAAGGCGACUUUCUCCUCCUUGGGUCGACGUCGCGAGACGUGGAUGUCGGGAACGCAUCGCCGCCUGCGCGGCUCUCCGGCCGUGCAGCUGAUCCCGCGGAGGAGGACGCUGUCAUGCUCGCACAAGGUAUGGCUUGGCCUGGCUUGGGUGGGCGCGAGUAGUUGCAGCUUUAGACAGUAUCUGAUUAGAGACGUCAUGUAUUUGCUGUUUGAAAGUGGAUGCUAUACUCUACUACAUGUUAGUGACUUCUCCUGCGUUGUCGAUUGCGCCGUUCAGUCCUCACUGGACAUAGUAAGAGACGCCGGAAAGAUCACCAAACCCUACUACUGAACACUGCUUUCAAGACAGCGCAGCACGACGACUGGCCACGAAAGCUUCCCUAACCUCAUUCACCAGCACCCCCAAGACUGUGACCCAAGAAACCUCUCUUACUAAAAAUUGCGUUACCAGUCAUCGAAAUAGUUGAAAGCAAUAGCAUCAACUCCAACAAGUAAAAGUCUUGUAUUGACUAUAUCAACUAUACUGAUC